AAUAGGGAUUCACUCAUUCUUUUACUCAGUCAUUCAGCAAUCAUCGGUUGAAAUUUCUCAUUCACCAACUACUAGGCUAACUACUAAAAUCCAGACAUGAGUAAGACACACUCCUUGCCAUUUAGAAAUUCACAACCUAGUGGGGAAGGCUAACUGAAACCAGCAAUUAGUGGACAGCUUGAUAAGUUUUAUUAUGGGGGCAUUUCUGAACGGUUGUGAACGUCCUGAGUGUGAUUAAGAAAAUUGUGACAGUUCAUUUUUCCAUCAGCCAGGAAGGACGUGUUGAGGUUGGCAUACCCAUCAAGGACAGUAACUACCAUGGCUUCCAGUGCUUUGAAGAAACCUCAGACAUGUGGCCUCCUGGCAAGGUGUCUGCAGUUUCAUGUUGUUGGAGCAUUUGUUGUAUCCCUGGGGAUUGCAGCUUUCUAUAAGUUCACUGUAGCUGAAACAGGAAAGAAGGCAUAUGCAGAUUCCUAUAGAAAUUAUGAUUCUAUGAAAGAUUUUGAGGAGAUGAGGAAGGCUGGUAUCUUUCAGAGUACAGAGUGAUUUUGGAAUAUAAAGGUGCAAUUGCUUGGACCUAGACCAUGGAUUGAAGAGGUCUCCAUGAGCCUGUAUCUUAUCCUUUUUAACUUGUGCAAACUUCUUGAGUGCCAGUGAUGUGAGCUGUAUUUAUACCUAGGUAUCACUCAAAAACUGCACUAUAAAACACCCCUGGUAACAAUAGACAUCUUUGUGUGGUCAGCAAAAGAAAGAAAGAAAGAAAAUUGUGACAAUCACUGAAUUCCAUUUUUCAGGCAUUGUGUACCAUUGACUUCAUAGGCAGAAUUUGUGUCUUAGAGGAAGCUGUCAGGAAUCAUUUUUCAGGACACAAGCAAAAGGUUAAAAUGGGUAGGAAGCCACUAAAAUAUAUUUUGCUUUCAUAGGCUGUGCCACUGACCUCUUGUCUGAUGAUUCAACAGAUCUAGUAUCUCCAGGGAUUCAGAGCUCUAAGAGACAAAUAUGUAAACUUAAGAAUUACAGAUAAAGAUAAGUGAUCAAGCACAGAAACAGGAAGUGCCUGUGGUAUAUAGAUUGGAUCUGGGGAGGGAGAGUAAGAAGAGCUGUGGGCAUGGUGUAUGGAAGGAACAUGAGCAGGAUCACCUGUUUCUGGCCAAGCUUGGGCAAAUGAACAAGAAUCCAGCAAUCACUAAACAUGGGACUGGGUAGUUUCACUGAGAUCAGAGUGACCUGGGGCAGAUUGGAAACCAAGAAUUACCAGGCUCUGGGCCGACUCUGCUCAGGCAGGAUGGAUCUACCCUGAAUAUGCCUCUGUUGUACGCACCUUUAGUAGCUGCAGAGGAAGCAAACUUAGAAAUGUAAGAGGGAGCAACCAGGACCCUGUGAACUUUCUGGGGAUUGAGCAGUCAGCAAGUCAGGAGGCCAGAGAGUAGAUGGACUCAUUCCUGGCCUCUUUUAUUGC